AUGAGCAGAGCUCCCAUUAUUCAAGCAUAUAAAGCGCUCCUUGAAUCACAAAAGUUGACGCCAAAUAAAGCUCAAGCUGCAUUGGCUGAAAGGCUAGGGUUGCUACAAACAACCCUGGUCACCUCAGAGAAGGACGAAGAGCUCAAAGGUGUUUACAUCUAUGGCAGCGUCGGCACGGGCAAGUCGCGUAUUGCGGAUCUCUUUUCGAAUACUAUACCUAGGGAAGUAUCACACCGGCGGGUCCAUUUUCACGAGUUCUUGAUGGACAUCCAUACACGGUUGCACAGGUUACGCUCUCAAUCUGGCUAUCAAGGAGAUCCCUUGUUUGGUAUUGGCACUGAGCUUGUCAAAAGGGAAUCUCGGGUUUUGUGCUUCGACGAGUUCCAAGUCAGUGAUAUUGCGGAUGCUAUGAUCCUCAAACGCUUGUUUGCCGGUAUAUGGCAAGCUGGCGGGGUCAUGGUCGCAACCAGCAACCGGCAUCCAGAGAAUCUCUAUGAACGUGGUCUCAAUCGGCCGCUCUUUGUACCGUUCAUUAAAGAAUUGCAACAGCGAUGCGAUGUCUGGCACAUGGAAGGGCAACUCGAUUAUCGGUUACGCACAUCUGGCAAAGAAGACGAACGCGACACCGUCUUCUUUGCCGAACAAGAUGCUUUUGAGGCCUCUCUACAAGAAUCGACCAAAGGUGAGCCACUGAUUCCAACCAUCAUCAAGGUCAUGAUGGGUCGCGAACUAGCCGUGCAUGCCUGUGUCGUGCCUGCCGGC